GGAGUAAUUGAGCCGUGCUGAGCGAGCGGGUGGUGGCUUUCUCCUCGUGGUGUCAUUGCUGCAGCCUGGGCUGCCGGGUCCCUGACUGCUCAGCCGCCAGUGUUCCCCGUGCAGAGCCAAGUUGCGCGUCCCAGGACUCCGGAGGCAUUGGCUCGGUAACUUUUCACGUCAUUUUCUGCGGGGCUCAGGGCCCUUCCCGCCGCGCCGCGCCGCGCCCUCCGCGCGCGUCUCCAGUGCUCAUGGGGCAGGCGGAGAGCGGCUCGCAGCGCUGAGCCCAGGACCGAGCCCGUGAUGUCCGGCACCAGACUGCAGGACUCCCUCCCUCGUCGCAACUGGACAUCUGCCGCCGAGCUGAAUGAAACUCAAGAGCCCUUUCUCAACCCCACCGACUAUGACGACGAGGAAUUCCUGCGGUACCUGUGGAGGGAAUACCUGCACCCGAAAGAAUACGAGUGGGUCCUGAUCGCGGGAUACAUCAUCGUGUUCGUGGUGGCCCUGAUUGGGAACGUCCUGGUUUGUGUGGCAGUGUGGAAGAAUGACCAUAUGAGGACAGUGACCAACUACUUCAUAGUCAAUCUCUCCCUGGCUGAUGUGCUCGUGACCAUUACCUGCCUUCCAGCCACGCUGGUCGUUGACAUCACGGAGACAUGGUUCUUUGGACAACCCCUCUGUAAAGUGAUUCCCUACUUACAGACGGUGUCAGUGUCUGUGUCUGUCCUCACCCUGAGUUGCAUUGCCUUGGAUCGAUGGUAUGCCAUCUGUCACCCUUUGAUGUUCAAGAGUACAGCCAAGCGGGCCCGAAACAGCAUCAUCAUUAUCUGGAUUGUCUCCUGCAUCAUAAUGAUCCCCCAGGCCGUCGUCAUGGAGUGCAGCACCAUGCUCCCAGGCCUAGCCAAUAAAACCAUGCUCUUCACGGUAUGUGAUGAGCACUGGGGAGGUGAAAUUUACCCCAAGAUGUAUCACAUUUGUUUCUUCCUGGUGACGUACAUGGCACCACUCUGUCUUAUGGUGUUGGCUUAUCUGCAAAUAUUUCGUAAACUCUGGUGCCGACAGAUUCCGGGAACAUCAUCUGUAGUUCAGAGAAAAUGGAAGCCUCUGCAGCCUGCUUCACAGCCUCGAGGGUCAGGACAGCAGACCAAGUCCGGGAUUAGUGCUGUGGCUGCUGAAAUAAAACAGAUUAGAGCCAGAAGGAAAACUGCUCGGAUGCUGAUGGUUGUGCUGUUGGUGUUUGCAAUCUGCUACCUACCAAUUAGCAUCCUCAAUGUCCUGAAGAGAGUAUUUGGGAUGUUCGCCCACACUGAAGAUAGAGAGGCUGUGUAUGCCUGGUUCACAUUUUCACACUGGCUUGUAUACGCCAACAGUGCUGCAAACCCAAUUAUUUAUAACUUCCUCAGUGGAAAAUUUCGGGAGGAAUUUAAAGCUGCAUUUUCUUGCUGUUGUCUUGGAGUUCACCAUCGCCAAGAGGAUAGGCUCACCAGGGGACGGACCAGCACAGAAAGCAGGAAGUCCCUCACCACCCAGAUCAGCAACUUUGAUAACUUAUCAAAACUCUCAGAGCAAGUUGUGCUCACCAGCAUAAGCACACUCCCAUCAGCCAACGGGGCGGGACCACCUCAAAGCUGGUAGAAAUCUUUCUCAUAUGACGAGGAUGCUUGAGUCAAACGAUUCUUUUUUAAAAAUCUCGGUAAACAGAAAUUUUAUGACCUAAUCAUCUGAAGCUAAAAUUACUUACUGAUCCAGUUUUUGAAAAUCUAUGGCUCUUUGGAAAUAAAAAA